UGAGCUUCGCCUUCGUCGCUAUAGGAUUGGUAAUGUGGCGUCGUUUUCACCUGCGCUACAGGUGCGCGGUGGACAGAUCCGAGCGAGAUGGGUAAUUCAGACUCCAAACUGAACUUCAGAAAAGCGGUGAUACAACUUACAACCAAAACACAGCCAGUAGAGGCCUCUGAGGAUGUGUUCUGGGACCAGUUCUGGACUGACGUCAACCUGACUUCACAGGAUAUUUUUGCUCUGGUUCCUGCUGCUGAGAUCCGUGCAGUGAGAGAGGAGUCUCCGUCCAAUCUGGCAACCCUCUGUUACAAGGCGGUGGAAAGGCUUGUGUUGAAUGCCGACUCAGGCUGUGUGUGUGAGAGAGACAGGCAGACAGUACUGAGCUGCAUUCGUCUGUUGACUCGGAUUCUGCCGUAUAUCUUCGAGGAUCCAGACUGGCGUGGAUUCUUCUGGUCCACUGUACCAAAAGUGGGCAAGACUGUGGAUGAAAGCGAUGACGAGGGCACACGGCCGCUGGCGGAGUCUCUCCUCACAGCUAUAUCUGAUCUGCUUUUCUGUCCUGACUUCACUGUGGAGAGCCACAGCAGGACCAGUGCGGAUGGGCCUUCUGAUAUCCAGUCCAUAGACAGCUGUGAGUUCAUCUGGGAAGCUGGUGUUGGAUUUGCUCAGACUCCGCCUCUCAAUCACACCCAUGACUCCAACAGGGCAGAGUUGUUGAAGCUUUUAUUGACGUGUUUCUCAGAAGAAAUGUACCUGUCUCCAUCUGACACACACACACUCAACCCCUGGGUCUCGUUCUUUUGCUCUAGAGAAAACCGACAUGCCCUGCCGCUCUUCACCUCUCUUCUUAACGUGGUAUGUGCGUAUGAUCCGGUGGGGUACGGCGUCCCGUACAAUCACCUGAUGUUCUCUGACCAGAGAGGGAUGCUAGCGGAGCUGGCGCUUCAGACUCUGAUCGUUUCAUUAGAUCAAGAGCUGGUCGAUAACUCCAACACCAGCCCGAACCUGAGCAACAACACUGACACCUGUUCUGCUGAUUACAACAAGAACACAACUGCUGAGGGAUGCCAGUACUAUGAUCGCUCAGAAUUUCAUGCGCUCAAGUUGAGUAUCAGAUUUUCCCUCAUGAUGUUUCAGACGACAAGAAGCGAAAACCUGUUUGUAAACUACCUGUCUCGAAUUCACAGAGAAGAGGACUUUCAUUUAAUUUUGCGAGGAAUCAGCCGGCUGCUCAAUAACCCCCUGCUGCAGACAUACCUGCCCCAUUCCUGCAAGAAAAUCCAGUUUCAUCAGGAGCUGCUGGUGCUCUUCUGGAAACUCUGUGACCUCAACAAAAAGUUCCUGUUCUAUGUGUUGAAGAGCAGUGAUGUGCUGGAUAUUCUGGUACCAAUUCUAUUCUAUCUGAAUGACGCUCGCACCAAUCAGUCACGUGUCGGUCUGGUGCAUAUCUGCGUGUUCAUCUUGUUGCUGUUAAGUGGAGAGAGGAAUUUUGGGGUGCGUCUGAAUAAACCAUACAGUGUGCGAGUGCCGAUGGAUAUUUCGGUGUUCGCUGGGACUCAUGCCGACCUGCUGAUAGUGGUUUUCCAUAAGAUCAUCACCAGUGGACAUCAGCGACUGCAGCCCCUGUAUGACUGUCUGCUCACUAUUAUAGUCAAUGUGUCUCCUUACCUGAAAAGCCUGUCUAUGGUAGCAGCCAACAAACUACUACAUCUGCUAGAGGUUUUCUCAAGCCCGUGGUUCCUGUUCUUCUCACCUGUUAACCAUCACCUGGUUUUCUUUUUGCUAGAAGUUUUUAACAACAUCAUUCAGUACCAGUUUGAUGGUAACUUUAACCUGGUGUACGGCAUCAUCCGCAAACGCAACCUCUUUCACCAGCUGGCUAACCUGCCUACAGACGUCAGCUCGAUCCAGAAAGCCCUGCAGAGGAAAAGCAGGAGCAACAGUACCCAUAAUGCCGUCUUCAUGGAGACCAACAACCCCUGCAACACUCCCUGUAGUGAAGCCCCAUAUAAAACCACACCAGUUCAAACAGGCACUCUGAACGCCAGCUUGAAGGCCAUGCCACGCAUUGAUAAACUAACCGAAACCUCACAGGUUUCUGAGGAUGGAACGACGCUCUCACUGCAGCAGAGUGACUCGACAAACGACCAAUCAGAUCACAGCUCUGAGACACGAGUCAGAGACACUGAGCCGACCUCAGGUGAAGAUGAAAAGAAGAGUGAAACCGGAGAUUGUGAUGGGAGUCAGAAACGAGUGUUGUCUUCAUCAGACUGGACUCCUACUCCAGACUGGGUCCUCUCCUGGAAGAGUAAACUUCCUCUGCAGACUAUAAUGAGACUCCUGCAGGUGCUGGUGCCUCAGGUGGAGAAAAUCUGCAUUGACAAAGGUUUGACGGACGAGUCUGAGAUCCUGAAGUUUCUGCAGCACGGGACUCUGGUGGGUUUGCUGCCGGUUCCUCAUCCCAUCCUCAUCCGCAAGUACCAGGCCAAUGAGGGCACGGCUCUGUGGUUCCGCACAUACAUGUGGGGCAUCAUCUACCUGCGUAACGAGGAUCCUCCUGUUUGGUACGACACUGAUGUCAAGCUGUUUGAGAUCCAGAGAAUUUAAUGACACCGAGAGAAUCAACUCAAUAAAACGGUCUCCAUCUCUCCAGACUGAACACAUUCACACAGAUUUAAUUAAACUUGAAGCCUUCACACUAAAAUGUAAUGUAGUAAAAUCAAAAGUUUUGUUUUUCUGACUUUUUUGUGUUGUGUUGUGUGUGUAUAUAUAAACGAAUGAAUGCAUCUACACUUCCCAGUCAGUUUGCCCUGUUUUUUUUUUUUUUCUGAAACAUAAUGCUUCAUUUUCUUCUUGAGUCAGUCGAUCCAUGAGAACGGACACAUAACCCUCAGGUCUCUGACCUCCUGAGCAGUGAGAGGAGUGUGUGUUUAUAGUA